AUGGUGUCUGUCAAGGGGUUUCUAGUGGUGGUGAUGGUGGUGCCCUGUCUGAUUGGAUUGGUCUAUUUCAACUGUAAUGUGGAUGCUCUGAGAGGUGGGAUUGAGGGGAAAAGAAAGGGAAGUUUAGUACGGGGGGAGAAAAUUGGGGGUAUAGGCGAAGGAGGCAGUGGAUUUGGAGGAGGAGGAGGCAGUGGAUUUGGAGAAGGGGGAGGAGGCGGUGGGGGUUUUGGGGGAGGAGGAGGAGGAGGAGGAGGAGGAGGAGGAAUGGGGUUUGGGAGUGGUGGAGGAUUUGGGUGGAGCAACUCGAGACUUUUUGCUGCUUAUGUAGCUCUGCAGUCAUGGAAAAAGGCUAUUACAGAUGACCCAUUGGGAAUCACCAAGUCUUGGGUGGGAAAAGAUGUGUGCAGCUAUGUGGGGGUUUUCUGUGCUCCUCCUCUGGAUAAAUCAUGUGACAAAGUUGUUGCAGGGAUUGAUUUGAAUCAUGGACUUCUCCAGGGAUAUCUGGUGGAGGAACUGGGCCUGCUUACUGAUAUUGCUCUGUUCCAUCUCAAUAGUAAUAGGUUCAGUGGCAGCAUUCCUCUGGCUUUUAAGAACUUGCAGCUGUUAUCAGAAGUGGAUGUCAGCAACAACUGGUUGUCUGGGUUUUUCCCCACUGUGCUUCUGGAGUUACAGAGCCUGAUCUAUUUAGAUCUGAGAUUCAAUAAUUUUAAAGGUAGUCUUCCUCCAGAGCUUUUCAAUAAGAAGCUGGAUGCCAUCUUUUUGAACAACAAUUAUUUUGAGUUUGAAAUCCCUGCCAAUUUGGGGAACUCUCCAGCGUCUGUGAUUAGCUUUGCUAAUAACAAGUUGAGUGGAGGAAUUCCCCAGAGCAUUGGCAACAUGGGUGAGACUUUAAAUGAAGUUUUGUUUCUCAACAACCAGCUGUCUGGAUGCCUGCCUGAGGAGACAGGAAUGCUAGCUCAAGUGACUGUCCUGGAUCUCAGUUUCACAGGCUUGGAAGGCCACCUGCCCUUAUCACUGGCCUGCCUUCACAGUGUGGAGCAGUUCAUUCUGGCUCAAAACAAGUUCCAUGGAACCAUUCUUGAUGGCCUAUGCUCUUUACCCUCUCUCAUAAAUCUCAGAGUCUCUUACAACUAUUUUACAGGGGAGGGCUCAACUUGCCCUGCUCUCCCUGCCAGAGGAGUUGUCUUUGAUGAUUCACACAACUGCAUUCCAGGGCGUGGAGAUCAGAGAGCUACAGGGGAGUGUGCUGCAUUUGGUGUAAGCCCAAAGACAUGUAUAGAAAUGCCUCUUCCUUCUCAUCUGCUUUGUACUCCACCACCUCCCCCUCGUUUUUCAAUGCCAGUCCCUUCCUUUAUCUAUGCCUCCCCUCCACCACCUCCCCCUCAUUUUUCAAUGCCAGUCCCUUCCUUCAUCUAUGCCUCACCCCCUCCACCACCACCUUCUCCUCCUACUCCUCCUCCUCCUCAAUGUUCCUUCACUUCACCACCCCAUUGACUCCAUUGUUUCUUUUCAUAUUUACGUGCCGCUCCAAAACAUCUGUCCAUUUUUCUAUCCACUCUACACUAUGUCAUGUCACACUGCAGGAAGCAGAGCUCAGAUUUACUCCCUUGGGUUGUCAGUGUUAUGUUCUGGGCUCCAUUCUACAUGUAGUUUAUUUUGGGUUUUGCAUCGAUGGGGCCAUUUCUGGUCUGGCUUUAUGCUUUUGUAAGGAGAUAGUUUUUUUUCAAUGUCUGGAUGAAAAUAACAUUGUUUACACAACCAUUUCAGCUAAUGGUUCACCCCUUCAUAAGCUUGAUGCAAUUCAGAUGUGGAAAUGGCUUCCAUUAUUCUAAGAAAUAAAGGCAAAUAAGAUUUGUCAUCA